AAAAAUGUCAUCACUUACUUCACUGAAGAGUUUCUGGCGAAGCCUGCUGCUGUUAAUAACAAGAAGCUAUGGAGAAAUCCUUGUCAGAAAUGUUAGAUAAUGAGAUGUUGUGGAGCCCCACAGCUGCCGCAUGAUAUGAUUUAUUAUGACAAAUACUAGUAUGUAGUUUAUGAAAACUUGUGAUGCAUUACAUGGAAGAGAGAGACUUGAUGUUUUAGAAGCCUGUGGUCUCAGUAGUGAAUUAGAGAUGGAGAUGUUGCUGUCAGCAGUCAUGAUGGUAAUCUAUAAAACAACCAAUUAACAGUUGUAAUGAAUCAAUAUCCUCAGCAAUUAAACAUGUGGACAAACAGUAAAUUGAUCAUUGAUUAACAGAUUACCAGUCAUACAAUAUUUAAUCCAAACUAAGGAGCUUGAGGGUCUUUGUUUUUGAAACAGAAACACAGUAAGCUCUCUCUCUCUGCCCCCGGGGACACAUGUAGUGAUUCACUCUUUCCUAUGAAAUGGAGGAACUGAAACGUCUGUUAGACACUCUGCAUUAAUUUCAUAAAUCCUCCUGUCACGUCCCUCCUCUGUGUCUGACAGUUCUGUUUUCAGCUACAUUUUUUUUUUUUUUUUUUGGUGUCACAACCACAAGUGUAGGGGAGGGUAACACAGCAGCAGGUCUCCACAUUGUUCGUCCUGCUUCAGCCAUGGCCAAGAAGGACUGUCCUGCUGGCAGCUAUUGGGACAGCCUCGUCAACACCUGUAUCGGCAGCAGCGAGACAGAAACCAGACCUGAACCUGAACCACCAACAGAGCCACCUGUGGCUGUUGUGGUCCAGCUGAGAGCCACGGCCCCCGCUGCGCAGGCCGACUUAGUGAUGGUGCUGAGUCCGGCUCUGUGGAUCUUUGUGGUGCUGGCCACACUGGGGUCCGUCUUGGCUCUGGCUCUCUGGUUUAUCAUAUACAGACGACAGACCAGCCACAGCAGCACCUCAGAGGACCCAAAGCCACAACAGGAACCUCUUCAGAAAACAGAGCCACCUUCCAAAAUCUACCCACCGCCUUCAGAGAGAAACGGUCAUGCAGAGAUGGUGCAGAGAGCCACAGGGGCCCCUUCACCCUGUCCUCACCUGCACCUGGGGGCCCAAACAGGCUUUAAGUGGGAGGAGGGCUUCACUGCUUGCAGGGAUCACGCAAAGCAUGCUGGGACAGAAGGGGGUGGAGGCCUGUCUGCAUGCAGCACAAUGAGGGAACACAGGGUCCCACUUCCUGCCACAGAGCUCGGUGGCACUGCGUUAGUUACAACGAAAACUAUGUAGGGCUGUGUGUGUGUGUGUGUGUGUAUGUGUGUACUUGUACAUCCUACUUUGUGAGGACCAAUUUGAGUUUUAGACCUUGGAGGUGAGGACAUUUUUGGAAAGUGAAGACAUUUUGGCAGGUCCUCACUUUUCGACAGACCUUCAAAGGGCUGUUUGAGGUUUCAGACUUGGUUUUAAGGAUCAGGUUAGAAUUAGGUUUAGGUCAGGGUUAGGGGCUGGGGAAUAUGCACUAUGUCAAUAAGGGUCCUCACAAGUAUAGAAGUUCAAGUAAAUGUGUGUGUUCUUAAAAAGUUUCCUCACUGCAUGUACUCUGUGUGCUCAAUGUGGUGAGUUUCCUCCCAUUUUUUAAUCCAAAUUUUGGAUAUCUUUCUUUUCUACCAUGUUUUUAUGGUUUUUAAAUAUUUGAAUUUUCUACAGCUGUUGUUUUAUUUCUCUGCACUGUUUGAAGAAAUGUGUUAUGGUGUAGAUUGGUGUCCAAUAAUACCAUGUAAGACUGUGUAUAGUUUAGUGUACUUUACUGCAAAGUGUUGUGAAAAGACAAAACAAAGAAACUGCUCUGAAUCGUAUGCCAUGUUUCAAACAUAAUUUAAUAAAACACAAAAACAAAAUCA